AUGCCCUUUUUUAAUAAAUGUUUUCAAAAUGUCUUUGCAAAGGAUUCCGAACCCGCCAAACCCAAGGUUCGGUUUUUACUUCCAGGGGAGUCAUCAGGCUCACCAAUCUUAGAACCCAGCUCAGUCUAUAGGGACUCCAGGUAUCUAAGAAAAGCUGGAACUGAAACUUAUGGCGAGAUUUUUCAGAAUAAGCUGGAUUACACAGAGCCAUCAACCGGAAUACCAUUAAUCAGAAGGCGCGCUUUAGAAGCUGAGAAUGCAAAGCAACCACCAAAGAACAGCCCUCCGCAUUUCUCUCCACCAAAGUCGAUCUUUGUACGCAUUGCGGAGGAUCCACGUGUUUUUCCCGAUGAUUUUAUGGAUAUGCUGGAUGGCACAGAAGUAUCAGUUGCGUCAGAAUCAGUUGUUUUGCAAAAUGCAGAGUCAAGUUUGAUCUAUAAUAAACUUAGAGGUCCAGUAAAUUUUGGAAUUGAUUUUUCCUCCGAGAGUCGCCAGACAAGGAGGGAGGAUAUAAUUACGGAAUCUGACACAGUAACAAUCCUGAGGAGUGCUUCCCAAGUAGAGGAGGCAUCCAAUAACAGCUUCACCUCGCCCUAUGACAGUCCAAGCCAACUUCAAUUUCAUGUUGCUAAUGAAACCACAGAUGGAAACGCGGAUGUACCAUGUACAUCUGCCUUAUCAGAAUUUGAGUCUAGCUCGGUGUAUGAUGAUGAAAUCAUUCCGAGAGAGGCUCCAUAUCAUAUUGCUAUUAAAACCACAGAUGGAAACGCGGAUGUACCAUGUACAUCUGCCUUAUCAGAAUUUGAGUCUAGCUCGGUGUAUGAUGAUGAAAUCAUUCCGAGAGAGGCUCCAUAUCAUGUUGCUAUUAAAACCACAGAUGGAAACGCGGAUGUACCAUGUACAUCUGCCUUAUCAGAAUUUGAGUCUAGCUCGGUGUAUGAUGAUGAAAUCAUUCCGAGAGAGGCUCCAUAUCAUGUUGCUAUUGAAACCACAGAUGGAAACGCGGAUGUACCAUGUACAUCUGCCUUAUCAGAAUUUGAGUCUAGCUCGGUGUAUGAUGAUGAAAUCAUUCCGAGAGAGGCUCCAUAUCAUGUUGCUAUUGAAACCACAGAUGGAAACGCGGAUGUACCAUGUACAUCUGCCUUAUCAGAAUUUGAGUCUAGCUCGGUGUAUGAUGAUGAAAUCAUUCCGAGAGAGGCUCCAUAUCAUGUUGCUAUUGAAACCACAGAUGGAAACGCGGAUGUACCAUGUACAUCUGCCUUAUCAGAAUUUGAGUCUAGCUCGGUGUAUGAUGAUGAAAUCAUUCCGAGAGAGGCUCCAUAUCAUGUUGCUAUUGAAACCACAGAUGGAAACGCGGAUGUACCAUGUACAUCUGCCUUAUCAGAAUUUGAGUCUAGCUCGGUGUAUGAUGAUGAAAUCAUUCCGAGAGAGGCUCCAUAUCAUGUUGCUAUUGAAACCACAGAUGGAAACGCGGAUGUACCAUGUACAUCUGCCUUAUCAGAAUUUGAGUCUAGCUCGGUGUAUGAUGAUGAAAUCAUUCCGAGAGAGGCUCCAUAUCAUGUUGCUAUUGAAACCACAGAUGGAAACGCGGAUGUACCAUGUACAUCUGCCUUAUCAGAAUUUGAGUCUAGCUCGGUGUAUGAUGAUGAAAUCAUUCCGAGAGAGGCUCCAUAUCAUGUUGCUAUUGAAACCACAGAUGGAAACACGGAUGUACCGUAUACAUCUUUUAUACCAGAAUUAGAGUCUAGCUCGCCCUAUGACGUUCCAAGCGCAUUUCCAUUUCAUGUUGCUAUUGAAACCAUAGAUGGAAACGCGGAUAUACCGUAUACAUCUGUCUUACUGGUAUCAGCCCCCUUGUCAGAUGCUGUGAGCUCAGUUGAAAGAACCAAUUGGAAUGACCAAAACUCAGAGGACUGCGAUUUUAAAAACAUCAAUUUCUUCCACUUUGACAAGUUUAAGACUCCCGUCGAUUCAUACUGCGGUGAAUUGUGCCAAUAG